AGCAGUCUUUCUAUCAAUUGAUCUGUUGGGUUGACUGUUAGACUGUUUAUUCCCGAGUGCGACCAAGCGGAAAGAAAAACUCUUUCUUCUCCCUCCGCGAUGCGAUGAACCCCUUCAUUCGAGCAUUCCAGUCGGGCGGAGCCUGGCAUCGCAUCGGUCUUGCUUCCGAGUUCCCCGAUAUAGCCCAAGAUCACAAUGGCUGUCAGAUAACACCCAGUUGCAAAGCCUUCAGAAUCCCGCACACCAAAGACCAGGAUCCAGUCGAAGCAAGCAUUGAUCUACCGGGAGACCUCAAAGAUCAGGUUCUCGUGUUCAAAUAUAAGGGCAAUUUUCAUGCCAUCGACCAUCAAUGCCCCCACUCGUCAUUCCCACUUUCCCAAGGGAGUAUCUUCGACAUUGAAGACUUUGGUAUUACCCUCAGCACCGGGAUUACAUGUCCCCAACAUGGCUGGUCCUUUGACAUUGUCUCUGGCCAAGCGGACCGCGGCAACUACAAGCUCAAGGUUUGGGAAGUGCAGCUGCGUGACCGGUCGGUUUCUAAUGCUACCGACAAGGAGGUAUGGGUGCGGCGAAAACCGAGAAUCGGCUAGACAAUCGUUUGAUCAUAUCAGACGGCGUUGAUGGCCUCGUUAUUAAAUUUGGAAGUGAGAUCCAAUCUCGACUACCAUACCAUCGACUGCAUUAG